CAGUAUUCGUCACAUUAUUAAAUCCAUUAAAGAAGGCGGUCCAAUGGACACUGCUAGUAGACUAAGAGUAGGAGACGAGAUACUUCAAGUCAAUGGUCAGGUGCUGGUGGGUAUGUCACAUGACAUGGCGAGUGACGUGGUACGGGAGGCAGCUGGUAGUGUUAAACUGAUAGUGUGUCGGACUAACACUGGACCAGCUGAUACUGAUACCAUUGAUAAGGAAUCAGUCACUGAUCAAGUGUCUCCAGUCCCUCCUAUCUCCUCUACCUCUGGCCUCCCUCCAAUUGAAGUUCACCAACCGACCACCUCAGAGUCAGAGGAUGACCACACCCUCCCUGUCUCCCUGGCAACCUCUCCCUCUCCUGUCGCUAUACAUGCGACUGCUGGUCUUUAUCAAAACUUGAAUUUCUCACGUUUUGAGAGACAGUCCUGGAGAGAAAGACACAACGAGGAAACCAGGAGGUUAAAGGAGAGGUUUGAGUUGAGACGAGAGCAUUACAAGCGAUUCUUUCAAGAGCAGGCGGACGAACUGGAGAGGGUAGAGAAGGAGAAUGAGGAGAGAAGGAACAGGAUUGAAGAAGAGAAGCACAAGCAGGAGACUGGAGAGAAGAAGUCUUCACUUACCUCCGGACUACAUUACAGCUAUUACGCACCGAUAUCAUUCCCAUCAUUACAUGAAAGUGGUGAACGAGUGGGCGGAGAUGAAGUAGGUGGGGCCAGAGACGGUGAUGAAUCCAGUGACGGGGGUGGUUCCAACAACAGAGACUCGUUAGCGUCAGAAGAAUCUUCAACAAGCACCGCCCUCUCUCCGGUACCAGGAUCAGCCUGGGAGACUACAGUGACCUUCAUUAAACUAGUGAAAGGAAGAGAAGGACUAGGAUUCAGUAUAUUGAACUUCUCUGAUGAGUCUUCACCAGGUGAUACCGUCACUCUAGUUCAUUCUUUAGUCUCUGGAGGGGCAGCUGAGAGAGAUGGUCGGUUACAAAAAGGAGACAAGCUAGUUAAUAUAAAUGGAGUGUCAGUCGUCAACCAGACACUUCAGUUUACUGUAGAGCAGCUGAACUCUGUACCACUGGACGGCACUGUGGUUCUGGGUAUUAACAGGCGAGAGUUGUUCAGUCCUGAUUUUGAUUCAACUGCUACUUCUAACAGUUUAUCACCAGACCAUCUCCUUGAUGAGGACAGAUUGGAUGAUGAUGAAGAAUUUGAUCGAAAAAAUGGAAAGAAACAUGCUCACACUCACGUGAGGUCAGAACCUGACGAAGUUUCUCAGUUUCUUGAUUUACCCGAGAGACGUGCUGCGUCAGCAACUGACGGGAUCAGAAGUGCCACGCCCCCUGAUAUUGCUAAACCAAAGACCCAGACUCAAUCCGGAAUGAAUUUCUUGUCUCGUACUAGAAGUGACGAGCCGGCGAGGGGAGAUAUGGGCAUGUCUGGGGGCGGAGUCACAGGACAUAAUCUACGACAUGUUGAAUCGACUUCUGAAGAAACUUUAGUCGGCAGUUCUAGUCAUCAGGACCUUCACUUCUCAAGUAAUCAACCCAGUCCUAAGCAGCAGGUCUCUCCUCUAAUGAAAGUAAAACCUCCUCAUCAACAAAGAGACGUCUCGUCUUCUCUUAAAACUCAACUGAGUACCAGCAGCAAGGCCAGCUCUGUUGCAACCAGUGUUGGGAUGGGUGGGGAAAGAGGUGUGGCUACUAUAUUCAGUCCCUCCCAGUCUCAGGACAGCUUCGUUGAGAGUGGUCUCAGCCCUGAUACCAGUGACACUGGUGAUCACUCCGCUGAAUCAGUUGAAACUGAACCGAGAGAAGUGGAUAUUAAGAAAGGAACAGCUCAUCUUGGUCUAACUGUCAUGGAGGAUAAAGGAUUCAUUGUCGUGAAAAAGAUUGAGUCAGGCUCAGCUCUUGCUAAAGAUGGAAGGGUGAGAGUUGGUGACCGUAUCUUAGCAAUCAAUGGAAAAUCAGUGGAAGGACUGAGCAUUGCUAAAGUCAAGAGUAUGCUUAAAAGAGCUUCUUCCACAAAAUCAACUAAAGUGAAGAUAACAUAUCUACCAGUACCUCAAGGAUUCUCCAUGAGUUACAGCAACAUCAUAACAUCUUCAGCAGGAGGAGGAGGAGGACCCUCUGAGACACCGUCAGCUCCUGCUACAGCUGCUAGAUACAUAGCUUCAGGACAACACACUGGAAUGAGUCACCAGAUGAAUAUACCAUCACACCAGCAGCAGCAACAGCAACAUGGCGGACUAAUGUCCACUCAAUCCCACCAGGCCUACCCCUGGGCCCAGCAGCACUACUACACCCUCCCUCCCCGUCAUCCCCACCACCCGAUACAGACAUACAUGGAUCAUGUGCAACAGGGCGUGGUCAAGCCACACCCCCAAGCCCCUCCUCCUGUAUACGACAUGUAUCAAAGUCAUGUUAAUCCUUCUCGUGGUGGCCACACCUACCAUCACCCACUGAACUGGAAUAUUACUCAAGGAGUGGGCGGAGCAAGUGCCGGAGGAGGUGGAGACUAUUCUGGAGGUGGGGCUCAUCCUGGGGGUGGGGCUCAAGGUAAUUGGAGGAUUGGUCAGUACGGGGGUAACACAGGAUCUGGUAAUGAGUAUCAUUAUGGACCAGCGAUGCCUCAUAAAUAUAACACUAUCCACAGAACUGAAUUGGAACAUCAGCAGAUGACACGCCUUCCUCAAUUAGCCCCGCCCCCUCCGCCAAUGUACAGCACAGAUACUUAUUCAUUUCCUAGUUACUCUCCUCAGCGAUAUGAAGGGGGCGGGGACUAUGACCACAACCCUGGGCGGGGCCAUUGGUCACAUGAGCCGACUGGUGUCAUGUAUGGGGCUAGAAUGGGCGGGGCUUAUAUUGACCCCACCCAGCCAAGACUAGUAGAGGUGAAGAGGAAUGCUUCGGGAUCUUUAGGAAUAUCCCUCGGGUCUAUAGAGGAAGGGGGCGUGGUCAUUAACGAUAUAUCGGCUGGAUGUCAGAGUAUGACCAAAGGACAACUAGUGGUUGGAGAUAAGAUAUUGGAGGUUAAUGGUAUUGACCUCAGAAACGUCUCCCAGUCAGAUGCUAUCAGUAUCAUAAUGAAUUGUCCUAAUCCAGUUCAUCUAUUGGUACAGACCUAUACUCCUCCCCCUCAGCCCCACCCACCACCUCUUCACUCAAUAAUACCAUCAGCUGGUACUGCUAACAACGGGACGGGAAUGAGAGUACACACUUCACCUCUACACUCCAACGAUGGUUCUUGGGCUAUAGACGAAGAGGAGGACGAGGAGUUGAGACAGUCCUAUCCUUACGCUCAGGGCCACCUCUACCAGGUGACACUGAACAGAGGACAAGGAGGACUAGGUUUGAGUAUAUUAAAGACGAGUCAAUCACCGAACACUGGAGUGAGUAUCAUGCAGAUACAACCGGGCAGCGUUGCUGAUAGGACCAAGAAGAUUAAGAGAGGAGACGAACUAAUUCAAGUUAAUGAGCACUGUAUCAAGGGGUGGAGUCAAAAGGACGUCUCUGAUCUCUUGUCUCGUACAUCAGUUCUGGUUAAUCUUGUACUGAUGAGGCCUACUCCUGACCCUAGACUCAGUCACCAGUCAUCAACUCAUUCACUGGAUGGCGUCCAGUAUCUUACUAAACAACCGUCAGUUGAUCUAUCAGGUCUACCAUUAGUUAAAGCAGUUAACCUGGAGAGGGAUGAUGAACUAGGUCUUGGUUUCAAUGUGUCAGAAGCUGAUUUCAAUGGACAAGCCGGAGUAAGGGUAUCUUCAAUAAUACCAAGAGGACCAGCUGACCUGGACGGUCACUUACAAGUUGGUGAUUAUAUUCUAUCAAUUGAUGGACACAAUGUACUGGGAACCAAAUAUGAGAGGGCCACUCAUUUAUUACAGCAAGCUCGUUCAAGAGGUUCUGUCAGUUUGAUAGUCUCGUCCCAGUCUCAGUUACCCUCUCAGCUCCAGGAGAAGUUCCUCAACAGGUCACCUCAGAAACACAAGAAGAACAUGGAGAAGAAGAGACUCAGGGUUCGCUCUGAAGGAGUAACACUGAGAAACAGAAUUACUAAAGCUCAAAGGUCAACAAGAAGGCGUCCAGUCAGUGUAGAUUGUGAAGUCAAGUAUGAGUCUUCUCCUAAAAGUGACGAUAACAGCACUGCUGAUAAAACACAGCAUGACAUCGACCUGUUAACCACCGCCACCACCGACCAAGUUGUGGUCGUUGGUCAGGAAACUGAUAUUGAAUUAUUCAAAGGAGAUCAGUCCCUUGGGCUGUCAUUAGCUGACAGCUGGCAGGACGGUAUCAUUAUCAGUAAGAUACAGCCCAGAUCACCAGCUGCUCUUGAUGGACGACUCAAAGUUGGUGAUCGCAUCACACGAAUAGGAGAGAUCUCACUGGACAAUACGACACUAGAAACAGCUCAGAAACUGCUACUGGAAACACCUCCUUUACUACAACUGACAGUGUUUAGAUUCAACUCCUCCUCUUCUGAUACCAGCUCCAGUCCAGGGGGGAGCACCUCAACUGGAGGGAGUUUACCUGAUGAAGUAGCUGAUUUAAGCGGUCGGAUUCAUCCAGGGGAUAAAAUACUGGCCAUUAAUGGAGAAGAUAUAUCAAUGGCUGGCCAGGACUUUGUCAGCUCAUUGUUACAAAGCUGUCAUGGUAGGGUCUCACUAACUAUACAGCAUGUGGUUCAUAAUACCCAGUUAUACCAGUCAACACAGUCACCUACCAAGAAAACUGGAGCUCCUCCACUAUACAAUCCCUCAUCUCCACCAAUCAGGUUACAGCGACCAAUAGACCCGCCCCCAUACGCUUCAUCUGAAGCCACACCCAUGAGACUAGACCCCGCCCCUUCCUCCGCCUAUCAGGACAACAGCUACUCCCCUAGACAUCAUCACGGGGUCAUACAGCAGACUCAAUAUCGUGACGUGGUGGGACAGAGUCUUCCUGAAGCAUCACUCUCUCCUGCUCCUCCUCCUCCUCCUCCUGGUAACAGUCAGUAUGGGAACAGGGACAUUGGGAGAGAAGGAUACCAGUCUGACCAUCAUAGAACCAAUUUACGUUACGUUAAGCUCACUCGGGGUCCUAAAGGAUUAGGUUUCUCAGUGGCUGGUGGUAAGGGAAGUCCUAAUGGGGACCUCCCUAUAUGUAUCCGCUCAGUGAUCCCUGAGUGUACAGCUGCUAGGGAUGGGCGGAUCAGACAGGGUGAUGUUAUACUAUCUGUUAAUGGAAUCAGUUUUGAGAAUAUUUCACAUAAAGUUGCUGUGGAAACCUUAACUCGUUUCCGUGGAGAUAUAACACUGAAGCUGUGCUCACCUUGAAAAGUGAAACUUUCACUAAUUAUUGUGCAUAUUCAAUUUUAAUAUUAAUUUUUGAACAAAACUACAAUUUAUUACUAUUUUUAAAACACAUAAUUCACUUUUCAAAUUUAAAUUGAAUUCAUCUCACUAUUGGUUCGUUUGCACGUGCUUCCCACGUUCUGAAUAAGUAGAACAACUCACUGUUCAAAUU